GAAACGCUUGUGGCAGAUCCCAGAUCAGCAGCCAGCCCGGUGUGCACGUCAUCAGUUCAUCAGCGCGUGUGUGUGCGGCGAAUUUAAAGCAAAAGGUGGUUAUGGAAAAGCAGUAUCAUAUUAUUAUCUUCUGUGCAUUGGUGUCUGUGCACCUAUUACUAGUCCAAGGAGCCAGACAGGGUCAAGACGUCAAAUGUGGAGCAUGCAGGGCGUUAGUUGAUGAAAUGGAGUGGGAAAUAUCGCAAAUCGAUCCCAAGAAAACAAUCCAGACUGGAUCAUUUAGAAUCAAUCCUGAUGGCAGUCAGUCAGUACGAGAGGUCCCGUACUCUCGCUCAGAGGGUCAUCUACUUGAGCUGAUGGAAGAGGUUUGUGAGAAGAUGAAAGAUUACGGCGAACGCGUCGAUCCUGUUACUGAUCGGAAGACAUAUGUAAGACACACAUCCCGGGACGGCACGGCUAUGGAUCUCUCUGAUGUGGCCUUUGACUCCAGAGUCAGCUCCAGCUUAAAGUUUGCUUGUGAAACAAUUGUGGAGCAGCAUGAAGAUGAACUGAUUGAAUUCUUUGCACAUGAAACGGACAAUGUAAAAGACAAGCUCUGCAGUAAGAGGACAGAUCUCUGUGACCACGCGCUGAAGAUCCAUCAUGACGAGUUAUAACACCAGUCUGCAGCUUCACCAUUGGAGAAAAAUCUGUGAGGAAGCUGAGCAUAUGUAAUGUACUGGACCCCAUGGGUUACUGUUGACCUGGUCAGCUGUAUCAAUGGCUUGACUGUUCAUCGUCAUCAAUUAAAGCUGACUUUCUACAGCUGAAGCGGGAUCUCUUCACGAGUCUCUCCAAUGGCGUACUUUUAUAUUUAAAACCCAUUUGAGUGCACUUAGUGUUUAGUUUAGAAAACGGCUUGCAGAUAUUUAUUAAAAGCGCAGAGGUAUUAUUAGUUUGUCUUUGUGUCCUCACAUUUCAUGAAUCUGACCAGAUUAAUGGGAUUUAAAGGGAUAGCUCGCACAAAAAGGAAAAUUCUGUCAUCAUUCAUUGAUGUUUGAGAGAGUUUCUUCUGUUAAACAAAAAAAGGAGAUACUUUGAAAAAUGUUAGCUGUCAAAGGGGAGCUAUUAUGCAAAGAAUACUUUUAUAAGGCGUUUAAACACACUUGUGUGGUAAGUGUGUGAAUAUGAUCAGCCUCUAAUGGUGCAAAUUAAUUAAUACUAUUUGUUUAUAACCACACUUGAUAAAAACAGUCUGCUCAAACACUUUGAUUGACAUUCUCCCUUUGUACGUGUCAUCAGAGGGGGGAAAGCUCCGCCCACUAGUGACCAUCUCUCUCUUAUUAAAUCUUCCACAAUGCUCACAUGCUGGCAUCUGUAGCUCCGCCCUCUUUUGAAAAGAGCACAGUCUCAUUUGAAUUUAAAGUGACAGUCACGAAAACACAAAAAUUAGGAUCUAAGCGCAGUUUGAGACAGUUGUACAACAUUAUUUGUGUGAUAUUUUGAGCUGAGACUUCACACACACACACUUUGGGGACAUCAGAAAUACAUUUUACACCUUGUAAAAUAAAAUACCUACAUAAUAGGUCCUCUAUUUGACUUUGUAUUUGUUUUUCCCUCAGUGGAUAUCAAUGGUUUCCAACAUUCUUCAAAAUAUCUUCUUUUGUGUUUCAAUAUAAUAGUGAAACUCAUAAACAUUUGGGACUAAUUAAAGACAAAUAAAUAGUGAGUAAUUUUGUAUUUAUCAUGUUUGUUUGUUGGUGUUUUUUACCAAUUAAGUCAUUCCUGUUUGAUGAUACACUCACAAUAUGUGCAAAGCUCAAGUGUUUUAAGCACAAUUUAUUGCUGUAGUAUUGAGAUGUGGUCAAUAUUUAGCAUCAAAUGUGAUAAAAAAAUAGUAAUAAUAAAAUAAAAUCAAGCAUCAAGAUGUACCUAAAGAAAUGUAUGACUAAUUACUACUAAAUAUGGUAUAAAAAAUAUCUGUUAAUUAACAUUUGGUGAUUCAUAAGUGUUUUCCAUUUAUUUAUUGUUGUGAAUUGCAUUAUGGGAUGUUGAUCUGCGCUCUGUCGACUUUUAAUGUUGAAAAUUCAACUCUACAGUUUAACAAAGUGACUUUUAUUGACAUUUCAGUAGUUUAAAAUAAUAUAGUGUAUAAGAAGUAAUAUAUAGAGGAAUAAGUGUGGAAAAUAGCCGAAAAUGUGCAGGCAGUUAAUUACAAGGUGUUUGUAGCGUAAUAUACAACACCAACCCAGGCUAUAUAGCACUGUACACUAUUAAAAAUGUCAAUAAAAGUUACUUUUUUAUGGUUAAAAGUUGUUGGAAGAAAGAUCGAAAUCCCAUAAUGCAAUUCAAAAGCAGAAAUAAAUGAGGAAAAAUAAAAACAAAUCACAAAAUACAGAAAACUGCUAAUUCACUCAUUUAUUUUUACAGGAGGGUGAAUUAUUACAUUAUUUACAAAUGUCAGUAUAUUACAAUGCAUUUAAUAUUUGGUUAUUGUUGGGUGUCCAAUAUAAAUAUCUUCUAAAUGUGAAUGUUAAUGAUAUUGUGAUAUGUGAUGGAUUGGAAAAUCAUUUUUAUAUGGCCAGAAUUGUUAUGUUCAGUAUCUUAUAUAUAUUUUUGUGUCUUUCUGUUUGUAAGUUCUUACUUUUAAACAGUAAACCGCUUUCUAUACCACAAUUUCAGUGGAAAAAGCAUUAAUACAAGAAAAAACAGUGCUUUGAAUUAUGACUUUUAAUAUUAAUCUCACUUUUACACAUCCCUUUAAUAUUUUACCUUUAUUUCUUUCCGUUUUAUAUUCUUUUUCUGUCAUUUAUCUGCUUUUAUUUAAUUAUCUAUACCGUUUAUCUAUUUAUUUUUCUAGUUUCAGGUUUUCACAAGCAAAAGCAAUGGGAACGUCUGCAUUUUUAAGGCUUUUUUUUCAUCCCAGUUGUGAAUUAGUAAUUUCUGAUUGCAUUUUUAUACAAUAAAGCACUUACUGUCAGAUGUCAAAGUAUAAGCAAAGAAUAUUUAAUAAACUCUGCUUUCUUGCACAUA